GUCGAGGUUUGGUGUCCAUGAAUGCCGUAGACCCGUUGCUGGCCAAUUUGCUUCAUGAAGAGAAGGAUGUACUCAAAGGUCUAGCCAACUUUGCAAAGGAAAAGGGUGAAGCUUCAAAAUUCCUUGCUUUGUGGGGGAAUGUAGAGCAUGCAGACAUCAAGGAUAUUUGCGAUCGAGUCAGGGACAUGUUUGAGGAAUUACAAAAUAUGUUGGUAGCCCUGAGUACUGGAUACAGUAUCUAUCGAGACAAACUCAAAGACAUCAAUAAGGGUGCAGAGGACCUACACGUUCAGCAACAAAAGUUACGAUCGUGUCAGGAUAAACUUGCACAUGCUAUUAAAAGUAAAAAGCCUCAUGAACACUUGCAAGUUGAGGUUGCCGUUGUUGAAAAGGAAGUACUUGAAAUGGUUGCUGGGUUUGAGUCGUCUAAACGUGCGCUGCUCAAGGAAGGUCUUGAAAGUCAAUUCGAGUCGUUUCAGUGUUUUGGUAAACAGUUGGUUAUUCUUGGGACUUUUGGAAAGCAUAUGACUUCACAGAUCCCACAGGGUAAACUGGCGGCUGGACAAGAGUUGCCGCUUUAUAAAGGAAAUGAAACUACAAAACGAGUUUUUUCAGAUUUUACCAAAGAGCUUAAUGAUGUUCGGUCCAAGAAACCGGUCGUCAAAAGAAAUAGUACUCUUGGAUCUAUUUCUGAAACAGCUAACAAGCCAUAUACUGCUCCUCUGG